AUGGAGAACGAGAGACCUGGGGGGCUAGAUGGGCUUGGAUGUCUUGAAGGAAAUCGUAAACGUGUAAAUUUUGACUUUUUCGGUAUUGGAGAGUUUUGGGGUUGUAAAAGUGUAAAAAACGAUUUUGGUCUUCAAUUUCGUUUUUACUAUUACGAGCGAGCGUCGCUAAUCGGCGGAAUUGCACUCAAAGCUGGGAGAAGCGUUGUAACGAUUAUGACGAUCAAGACUGAAAGAAUUCAAGACUUGCCCAUUACAAGAAUUGAUGGAAUGGAAAUAAAUGACACUAGUAAUUCUUCAGAACCUAUUGAAAUAAGUAAUGGUACAGUGCUACUGGAUCGUCAAAGACGUUUUUCUUCCGAGGCUGAAGGGAACAGCGUCAUUUUAAUUUCACUUCAAUAUGAUGAAGGUGUAACAGUAACCAUCGACGUCCGUCAUAGUCGGGUGAUGAAGAGACAGUAUUUGAAUAUUCUCUAUUCCCCAACUGCUGCAUACAAAGGGCAUACUGAGGGACUCUGUGGCUUCAUGGAUAACAAUGCCACUAACGACUUUACAGGACCUGAUGGAACUCUUUACGAUAACGCAAUUAAAUUUGCCGAAUCAUGGAGGAUCACGGAUUGUCACAACGGUUCAGGCAUACGCGACUCUUGGUCCUGGCACUCAUCAAACUUUUAUCAGGAUGACACAAUGGACAUAACGUACACCGAUCAAUCAUACGUCCCUGUGUAUUCGCUGGACGGAAUUUCUCAACCUGUGUUACAGAUUGCAACAAGCAUGUGCAAAUCCUUGAACAUUUCUGACAGCAAUUUGAAAAGCUGCAUAUUCGAUGUCGCCAUGACCAAUGACACGACAUUCACUGAUCAGGAAACCUUCAAGCAAGACUGUCCAGACCAAUGCUCAGGCAAGGGGAGAUGUGUCAAUGGAACAUGUAAAUGCAUCGAAGGCUGGACGGGGAAGAGUUGUGAAAAAGGUAUUGGUUAA